AUGGAAUCGCUGCUGAAGAAGGCGUACCUGCUGGCCUACAAUGGCUCAAUGUUCACUGGCUGGGCUGUAAUUCUUGCCAAGAUUGUCCGUCACCUGGCGUCCGGCAAAAGCAUUGAGGAUGUGUACCCACUCAUUGCCAAGCUGCUUGUCUUUUUCCAGGGCGGGGCAGUGAUGGAGGUACUGCAUGCCAUUCUGGGGUUGGUGCGUGCGCCCAUUCCCACCACCGUUAUGCAGGUAUCAUCGCGUCUUGUGGUGUUGUUUGGUGCGCUGCAGAUUGGCCCCACCGAGGCGCGCAGCAGCCCCUGCUUCACCCAGAUGGUUGUGGCGUGGUCCUUGUCGGAGGUUAUUCGUUACGCCUACUAUGCAACGAACCUGCUUGACGUAAAGUCCAAGCCGCUCACCUGGCUUCGCUACUCUGCAUUCACACUACUUUACCCCGUUGGCAUUACCGGGGAAAUUGGCUGCUUUUAUAGGGCUCUCCCAUACAUCAAGGCGAACAAGCCAUGGUCGAUGGAGCUGCCCAAUCGCUACAACUGGACCUUCUCGUGGUACAAUACCGUGUGGUUCAUUCUUCUUGGCCUUUACCCCUAUGGCAGCUAUGUCAUGUACACCUACAUGCUGCAGCAGCGACGGAAGGUGUUGAGCGCCGCCAAGAGUCCAGCCCCACCAGCAAAGAAGGCAGCAAGAAAGCACUCUGGCGAAAAGGCAAAUAAGGGUGCGUGA